AUGGUCAUCGCAUACGAUGCGCCGUUGAGUGCAGAUGAACAAGCGUCUAUCAAUGUGGAUGCACUUGUUAACGACAGCGACAAUGAGCCGAUCCGACCAAUUCUGGGCACUCCGCUGAGCGGCCACUUUUAUGAGCAGCCCCGUCGAUCGACUCCCACUAUACCGCCUGGCUUCACAGCGCCAGCCAUACCCAAAGCGGUCCUGGAAGAGUCACGCUCUCGUCCUGUGUCUCGACCAAUGUCCCGAACUACAUCCUCGAACAUUACACCAGCCGUGCCUGUCGUCCCUGCUACGCCGCUUGUUAACGCAACGCCUGGCAAGACCAAGGGCAAGCAGAAGAGCGAUGUCAUCGUACCGGCAACACCUACAGCAGCUCCCCCAGCGACCGCUGCGGCCAAGCCUUCGCCCUCGACGCCUUCAAAAGCGGCGACUAAAGAAGCUGUCGUUGUCCCUCAAACACCCAAGGAACCUACACCUAGAGAGGCCUCUAGGGCGGCCAAAGAAGAUGCUGUACAGACCCCAAAGUCUACACCAGAUGCGAAGAAGAUGGUGUCGGAAACAGCUGCCAAGGAGACGCCAAAGUCAAAGGGCGCUUCUAAGAAGAGUCAGCCUGCAACUCAAACUACCCCGAAGAAAGAGCCUCAGAAAGAGACAGCACGUACGCCUGCAGCUUCAACCAAGCGGCAGCCUCCAGGCAAGCUUGAUAUUCCAGCUGCCACCAAACUGCCAGUCGAUGAAAGCUCCCCAGCCCCAGGCUCGGCCAAGAUAGACUCUCAAUCGAAGAACAAUCGUUCAAUGCCGACCCCAUCCGCUGGUUCCGUACCCCCGAGUCCUGCCGCGGUGGCCACCGGAUCGCCAAUCAAGCGUACAGGUGCGCCUAGGACUCUGCGAGUGAUCGCGACACCCAAAGCAGAAAUCCCACCGCCUUUGUCAGCGCCACCAGUGCCGUCUCUGCCUCAGGUAUCAACCGUCGACAAGCUUCGAUCUAGACAAGCGAGUAUCGCUUCUGUUAAUCUACCAGGCACACCAAGCGAGAUGAUAUCGGACACAGCUUCAGUCACUUCAACAUCGUUCUCAAGAGCCAACUCACCACCACCUGUUGGCGGCAAGGUCGGGACUGCACCUGUCAGGAAGAAGACCAAAUCUCAAGCCAAGAAGGACAGACAAGAACGAAAGAAGCAGAUUGAAGAAGAGCAGCUGGAGGACACCAAGUCGGAUGUUGAGGUUGUGCAAGCUCCAAUCAUCGGUCGCAAGAAAAAGGAGAAGAAGCCGACAAGCAAACCAAAACCUAUCGCGGCAGCUUUCAAGAGUCAGCCAGCCUCGCCCAAGCCAGCUGUGGUCGAGGAAGUCAUUGCUCAAGCGCCGACGACAUUACGCAGGGAUUCUUCAGCGAAGGUCUCAGCAGCAGCAACGCCCGAACCAGAACCCGAGCCCGAACAGCCCAAGGACAAGCGCGAGAAUUCUGCUCAAUCGAUCUUGGCUGAUUUGCAACGCACGGGCGAGCUCCUUGUAUCGACUCUUGAGUUUUUCAAACCAUUGUCUUCGUCGCUCACUCAUGCCUCUCGCUCUACUCAAAACGGUAACGUGACUGCACCUCCUGACCUGAAGCUGCAUUUCUCCCAAACCGACCUUGAUGCGCUCGCUAAAAAGAAGCCGGUACGCCUCAAUAGCCAGGACGGCAAACCUGAUUCUAGGACUCUCAUUACACCCAACGGCAAGUUCUUCUGGGGCCUGACCGAGGAGCUCGAGACGAAAGCACUUGAGCUUGAAAGGCAUAUCGAAGAACUCAAGGGCCAUGCUCGCUUCCACCCUCGUAAGCAGACCGCACAUAAUCACAACAUGACAAACUCAGCUCAUUCGAAUGACGUACUUCCAGCAAUCGCCACUGCACUCAAGGAGGCAGGUAAAAAGCUGAAUACCAACGGCGCGCAGCAGAUGCCGCGACUAGACAACUCUUCCGGGCUUCUUGAUUCAACAAACCUUCCCCUGCCGCCCGUACAAGUACAAGAUGCGUCUAUGCCGCAAGUCCCUCCCCCACAGCAACAGCAAACACCCGCCGACGCUGGCGCCUAUCUCAACCAGUACGUCCUCCCCAAGACAGACAACCCGCCACCGAACCAGCCACGUCCCGAGAUGGCUGCUGUUGGUGGUGCGCCUGGUGCCGGGACAGCGAACAUGUCUGUCAACUCGAACAGAUUUGCAAAGGCAGCUAAAGCAGUUGUCGAAGGAGGAGCAGUGGGAAGCACAGAAAUAGACGGCAUGGGAAUGAUGGCAGCCGAUAGAUUGGGCGGCGUCUUUGUCCAGGGUCUCGAAGCACUUGUAGGUGCUGGACUCGGCUAUCAGUCUACGCAAGAGUUUGGCCUCGACGGCAAUGGCAACAUCACGUUAGGCAACGGUAGUGGAGGCGGACUAGACAUGCAGGGCCUGAUGAACGCAAUCGAGACAACGGCUGGCAUGGGUGGCUACGGUGGCAAUGCGAGGAGGGGAAGGGGUAGUGUGCUGACCAUGGAAGAGGCGGAGCAAGCCAUGCACGCGGCGAGGAGAGAACACGAUGUGCUGGAAAAGAAGCUGAAUGUGCUGAUGAAGAAGAACAAGAAGCUGGCGACUGGCGUAGGAAAGUAG